AUGGAUGUCGCAAAGAAGAACCAAACGAAGAAAACAACAAAGGGUCGCCAGAAGAUUGAGAUCAACCCCAUACAAGGUUCGAACAGGCGACAAGUGACAUUCUCAAAACGUCGAACUGGUCUCAUCAAGAAGGCUAGCGAGCUAUGCAUACUAUGUGGUGCACAAGUUGGGAUCAUCACAUUCUCUCCAACUGGUAAAAAAGCUUACUGCUUUGGCCACCCGGAUGUGGACACUGUCCUCGCGCAAUAUCUUGAAGAAGGAGAAGAAGAGAUCAAGGAAAACUAUGAAGACGACGAACCAGAAGCAGCAACGAAAGUUUCGUACAAGGAGUAUAAGUUGGCUGAGAAAGUGCUGGAGGAGGAGAAGAAGCGAGCGGCACAGGUUAAGGAGAUGCAGAUGGUCAAUAACAAUGGAAGGUUUUGGUGGGAUAGUGUGGAUAUGGAGAAACUUGGGAUGGAGGAGCUUGAGAAGUAUAUAGAGGCCAUGAAAGACUUGAAGAAGAAUGUGGGGCUUAGGGCUGAUUACUUGCUCAAUCAAAGCAUGGGUAUCGUUGGAAGCCAAUACCUUAAUCUAGAUUCUAAUCAAUCUCUAUAA